UUUCCACGUAUACCUAUCCCAUGAGAAUGAGAUUCUUACUGCCACAUGGCAACUCGCUAUCUCAGAUUGGCCCUCCUAUCUUUCGAGAUAAGAGCCUCCCUCCAUAUUCCACAUUGCAUACACACUCCAAUCAUGGCUUCCGCUUAUGCUUCCUCUGCCAUUGCAGCUGUUGGCAUCUCUAGUCCAAACACAAAAGCUUCAUUCCUAAGUGGGAGGAAGUUGAAGAGGGCGGCUAAGAAGGCAACAGGCGUUAGAGGAGUAUCGAGCACAAGAGUAUGUGCAGCAGCGGCUGACCCUGAGAGACCCCUGUGGUUCCCAGGAAGCACGCCUCCUCCAUGGCUUGAUGGCAGCCUCCCUGGAGACUUUGGGUUUGAUCCACUUGGUCUGGGGUCUGAUCCUGAGAGCCUGAGAUGGAAUGUGCAGGCAGAGCUGGUGCACUGCAGGUGGGCAAUGCUGGGUGCUGCGGGCAUCUUCAUUCCUGAAUUCCUAACAAAGAUUGGCGUGCUCAACACGCCAUCGUGGUACACAGCUGGAGAACAGGAGUACUUCACGGACACAACCACGCUCUUCAUAGUUGAGCUCAUCUUCAUUGGAUGGGCAGAGGGAAGGAGGUGGGCUGACAUCAUCAAGCCAGGCUGUGUCAAUACCGACCCCAUUUUCCCAAACAACAAGCUCACUGGCACCGAUGUUGGUUACCCCGGUGGCCUCUGGUUUGACCCUCUCGGAUGGGGCACUGGCUCUCCUGAAAAGAUCAAGGAAUUGAGAACUAAGGAGAUCAAGAAUGGCAGGCUCGCCAUGUUGGCUGUCAUGGGUGCUUGGUUCCAGCACAUCUACACCGGCACUGGUCCCAUUGACAACCUCUUUGCCCACCUUGCUGAUCCCGGCCAUGCUACCAUUUUUGCUGCUUUCACCCCCAAGUGAUGACAACACUGGCAAUUAAGAAGUAGAAGUAAGAACAACUAUGGAUCGGAUGAGACUGCAAUCCUGGGGGAAACAUUGCUGCAUUUGUUUAACCCAAGUGAUUAGGAAGGAGGGUUUGUCAUCUAUGCACGUGAGUUGAAAGAAUUGUAACAUGGUUACUACUUCUAUAUCAUGCACAGAAUGCAUGAUAAUUCAAUGUACAAACACCUAUCUAAUAAAUCUAUAGAUGCCAUGAAUGUAAAUUCAGGUAACUAGCAUAGAGGUGGGGAUCUCGCGUCCUUGUUAACCUGCUGAAUCUUUACUUGACAUUUUGCCAA